GCAUUAGUCUAGAUUCAUUCGGUGACCUUGAACGUACUGCUUGCGAUCUCAGCAUUUGCUCCGUCCUUCUCAUAAACAUGUACGGGAAUAAGGGGAUGGAACAGCUUAUUCCUCUAGUGAAUAAGUUGCAGGAUGCGUUUGCAUUUUUAAGUAUACCACUUUCUCUGGAUUUGCCGCAGAUUGCUGUCGUGGGGAGUCAAAGUGCUGGAAAAAGCUCGGUACUUGAGAACUUUGUCGGAAGAGAUUUCCUACCUAGGGGUAAUGGAAUCGUCACUCGAAGGCCUUUAGUCUUACAGCUUGUUAAUGAUAAACUGGAAUUUGGGGAAUUUAUCCACUUGAAGAACAAGAGAUUCACGGAUUUCGAUGACAUCAGAAAGGAAAUAGAGGCAGAGACAGAUAGACUUACGGGGACGAACAAGGGAAUAUCCAAUAUUCCCAUUAAUCUGAGGAUUCAUUCCCCUUCCGUUCUAAACCUGACCUUGGUGGAUCUGCCUGGAAUGACUAAGGUCCCCGUUGGUGAUCAACCACCCGACAUAGAAAUUCAAAUCCGUAAUAUGAUUAUUGAGUUCAUUGAGAAAGAGAAUUGCUUAAUUCUUGCGGUCACUCCUGCCAAUACCGAUCUCGCUAACUCUGAUGCUCUGAAGCUCGCCAAAGAAUACGACCCACAGGGUUUAAGAACUAUUGGUGUACUUACAAAGCUGGAUCUUAUGGAUGAAGGUACUGAUGCCAGGGAUGUAUUAGAGAAUAGACUUUUACCGCUUCGAAGAGGUUACGUUGGUGUCGUCAAUCGAAGUCAACGAGACAUUGACGGCCGGAAAGAUAUUGCUGCCGCACUUGCUGCCGAAAGGCGGUUUUUCCUCGGUCACCCCAGUUACCGACACCUGGCCGAUCGCAUGGGGACUCCGUAUUUACAAUCGGUCCUCAAUCAACAGCUGACCAAUCAUAUCCGGGAAUCAUUGCCCAAUCUGCGAAACCGGUUGCAAACACAACUACUGAGCAUAGAGAAAGAAGUGUCCGAAUUUCAAGGUAUCAAAUCGGAUGACUCGUCGUACAAGACUGGCGCUUUAUUGCGCAUGGUACGGUCAUUUGAGACGGAAUUUAUCGGAAUCAUCGAGGGGCACGCUAUGGAAGUGAACACUCAGGCGCUUUCAGGUGGUGCAGAAAUCGGCCGUAUUUUUCACGAGCGUUUUCCCUAUGAUAUGCUCAAAAUUCAAUUUGAUGAACAAACGCUGCGGAAAGAAAUUGGAAUCGCUAUUCAAAAUAUUCACGGUGUCAGGCCAGGACUCUUCACACCGGAUAAAGCUUUCGACGCCACUGUUCGGCGGCUUAUUGACCUUUUGAGGCCGCCGUCCAUGCGAUGUGUCGAUUUGGUUGUGGGCAAAUUGACAGACGUCGUACACGCAUGCAGCGAACGAAUCGCCCGCUAUCCCCUCCUACGCGACGAAAUCGUCCGUUUAGUGAAUACGCGUAUCCGAGAAUUAGAAGUCGCCACACGGGAACAAAUUCAGACCUUAAUCAACUUCCAGCUCGCAUACACCAACACAAAUCAUGAGGAUUUCAUCGGUUUCAGAAAUGCUGAGCAGAAGGCCACGGACUCUGGCAAGUCCAAACUGGGCAAUCAGGUUAUCUGUAAAGGUUGGCUAAUAUGGGUCAACCCAAAUGUGUUCCGUGGAGGCAGUCGUUACUUUUGGUUUGUUCUGACUGCUGAAACGUUGCGUUGGUACAAGGAUGAUGAGGAGCGCGAAUCAAAAUAUGUGCUUCAGUUGGAAGGCCUCAGGCAGCGUUCAGGUGACACUGGAUUCUUCUCCAAACGUUCCACGUUUGUUCUGUUUCACCCGGACUCCAAAGUGAACGUGUACAAAGACUACAAAACACUCGACCUGUCUGCUGAUACCCAAGAGGCUGUAGACGCUUGGAAGGCAGCUCUAUUACGUGCGGGAGUUUAUCCUGAAAAGACAUCGAAAAAGGAUGACGACGGGGGCGACGGAGAACCAAACCUUAGCGAAGAUCCGAAGUUGGCACGACAGGUUGAAAUUAUCUGCAAUUUGGUUGAUUCCUAUAUGAAGAUCGUAAACAAAACCCAACGAGAUAUGGUCCCCAAAGUGGUCAUGCACGAACUGAUUAAUCGGGUGAAAUCGUACCUCAACAGCGAUCUGUUGCCGUCUAUCUACUCUCAAGACCCCAAUCAGCUCAUGCAAGAGUCCGAUUCGGAAAAGCAACGUCGCGAAGAACUGACCCGUAUGUACGAAGCGUUGAAAGAAGCUAUGACUAUCAUACGCGACGUUGUAUCGAGCACACAAAGCGUCCCACUACCUCCUCCAGUGAAGGACGAUUGGUUAGAAACGGAAGUCUUAUCAGCUUCGGGAAGCGCCCGGCGACAACAGCUUAGCUCUCCCGGUCGAUCCCACCGAGCAAUAACACCUCCACCACCGAAUCCGGUAGCUCCCACUUCGACCUCACGACCAGUCCCGACCCGCCCGGCCCCAAAUCUCCCUGUCCGAUUCAAUCAGCCUCCUGCAUUAUCACCCUAUUCGCUGGCUCCAACUGUUCCUCACCGUUUCACUCAGAUGGCUAACGGUUCCCAUGUCCCUCAGAGCGCUAGUACCGGUAACCUCAAUGUGUAUGGUCCGGCGGCUCAUCCAUCUGCUGGUGGUGGUGGCGUUGGUGGAAGCGGUGGCCACAUCAGCGAUUCGCACUCAUCCUCAACUGCGUCCACAGUCUGGCGUGCUUUCGAUCCGCUACUGAAUCAACAGACACCACAACCACCCGUCCCACCGCCAAAAUUAACCACACUCGGGAACGAUCUACACGCUGGUCCGGAGCGGCCCAACAAUGCGUUCAAUGCUCCUCGGAUCCCGCCGAGACCCAACUGAUCUCCUCUCGUCCAUGUGCCUUUCUUCAUCCGACCAUUCCACAAACUCUUCUGCACAUCCUGCCUUGGAACCGCAUUGCACUAUCUUCGCCAGAGAGAAGUCACUAGUCCUCCCUCCUUUCAGAGAGUGACCCGAUCUCCAGCUCCUUUAUACAUGCACCCCUUCCGCGACGUCCACCUAUGGUUGUAUUUGCUCAGUCAUCGUUUUUUUUGUAUUCUUUACUUUGUUCUUUACUUGAUCACCUGAUUUAACUUUUAGUGGCGAUGUUGUUCACCUGAUCGCCUCAUAUUUCCAAAUGUACUUUCAUUCUGACAGGUCUUGGUUAUUUUUUUUAUUCGUUCCUUGACCAACGCAUAAUGCCUCACACAUUUUUCUACCUUCCCUCUCCUCCUUCGCUUGUGCCACCACCGGUUAGUAUAUUUCAGACAAAUAACAUUAAUCGUACCCACUGUUUCGCUAUCUGAUCUCUUUGUGUCUCUAUACGCUGUCGAUCCUCUUACUUAUUGCAUAUUAGCGUCGAAAUGUGAUUCGCUGCCGGUUACCUAUCAAUGCGUUCGUGUCUACUCUUUUAUCGGCACCCAGCACCGGUUAAGCUGCAUAUUGUGAGACUCCAUCCGUGUUCUUUUUUACUUUUAGGAUCCUCUGGAUACCAUUCAUUGUAAAUCCAUGGCGGCAUAUUUCACUCGUGUUUAUAGCGCCGUCCCCGUGCUUUCCGCUCCCAUUGCUAUUUCGAAUGUGUCUACCCUCCUACUUCCAAUGUCUGAUCUACUAGCCCAUCUCAGUGCUUUUCAGCUGUGUGUGACUGACGCCUGAUGCAUUGAACAUCCUCUUCCGACUAUUUCCUUUACGAGAGUGUUGAUUACUUGAUUCAAAUAUCUGCACUGAGGAUUAUGAACUAUUCAUGUUCCGGAUUGUAUUUCACCGGCGUAUCAAAUGCUUUCAUCACAGUCAUCUCUCGUGAUUACAUUGAUGCUGUUUAACGUUUGGAAUUUGUUUUCUUGCCAUACAUCGAAAGACUAAGUUACAAGUCAUAUCUGACGCUACGGCAACUGCAAACUGUCCAGGUUGCGUUAGUCGCCUUCUGAAUUAGCACAUUGCCACAUUCUAACGCUCGUGAAAUUUCUUCGGCUAUUUUCUUGUGGUAUUUGUGUUCAGGGCUGGCACUUACAUUUUAUGGAUGUUGCAACCUAGUUUCCACUGUCUUUUCGGCGCGUGACACUGGUUGACUAUAUGUUCCAGAUCCUUUCACCCGACAAAUGAGCCGGAACUGUUGUGAUAUACCCCUUUUGACCCCACACAGUCCUUGCUCAGUAUGCUUUGUGAAUGGACAGUGGAGAGACUAUGUCUGGCUGCUCUUCGCAUGCAUCAGCCUUCGACGAUAAUCUAGGUCAUGCGUGGAUGGUUACCGGAGGUCACCACCUCCCCAAUGGACCGAACUGCUCAGGUAGUUGUCGCGCUCAAACGUCCCUCAAAUUUCUUUCCAUCAAGUUCCGCUUUGUUAGUCCUUCAGUUACGUGCUGGUGGCAUCAACAAUAGUCUAAUUCUUCAUUGCUUAGCCUUAUGUACUCUGUGCAUCUGAUACAGACGUUGAGAGCGUCAAGGUCAUGCUACACUACCUAGCCUGUGGAGCUGCAUUGUGCGCGCUAGUGUGUGAGUGUCCAUCUCCCGACUAAACAGCGAUGUUUAUUGAUUGGUUCAAAAGCGAAUGCUUAGCUAAAACAUGUGGACUGCGUAAAACUAAACAGUUGAUCUGUACCCAAUGUGGACUGCCGAUGUACUAUUGCCAUUGCUUCUACUAAACUUCCAUUUGC